CAUGUUGCCAACUAAUAAUAUGGGAGUUUCAAGGGUUAAGGGCCUAGUCUUGUACGUCUUGUAGGAAAUGUGCGUGUCUGAGGUAUUUCGGAAGCAUAAAAUGUUGGUUAUUGAGAAAUAUUGUUUGUAUCGAAUGAUAGUCGCAUGGAUUUCAUUAUCGUCUUUUAUCUACCUAGCGAAUGCCAAUGACAGUUUAAGAAAGCUGAAUACAUCUUAUAAUCCAGGAUGUAGUGAUGCAGAUUGCAGCUCUUUUAAAGUAGUGUAUGUGGAAGCAGAAGGACUGAAUGACACCUUGCAUUACUUGUGGGACUUCACACAAAAGCCGUCCAUUUUUAUGGCAGCUACUCCCGUCAAAUCACAGCUGAACAUUUCAUGGGAUCACUUUAAAGGGAACAAUAACAAGUCCAUUACAUUUAAUGAAGAGCCUAUAUACAGCUUUGGUAUUGUAUUGGACAAGCUCUGGGAAUACAAUGACAUAAAUGACACUGGUUUAAUGGACUUGAAAAGUAGAGACAGCAGAUAUGUCAGAGCACUUGACAUGGAGAACUUUAAUUGGACUCUCACAAGUUUUGGGAAUGAGAGUGUGGAGAAUGUUGAUGUGGUGAUGGAGGCCUCUUCGUACACUCCGAAGGAUUCGACUGCUGUCAUUAGUGGAAGCAUCAGAUUAGUGCUGAGUGCGUUUGGCUUUCGUGAUCAUUAUGGAGAGCUGCCUCGUCUCUUGCAUUCAGCAAACUGCACUCAAGUGGAACUUGUCCUUGACAAGCUGAAAACGAACUCCAGCUUCUCCAGUUCUCGAUUUGCUGUGGGGGUUCUAAUUGCAAGCAGUGACAAGGCUAAUACUACAGCUUCCAUCAUAUCAAGAAAAAGCUUGGAUGAUGAACAUAGCCCAGGAGUUUUUACGCUUGUGGAUCUUCAGACACCAAUGGCUGAGUCAGGGAGGGGUGGCUAUUUGCAGUGGAGGCCAGUGGCUUAUGUUGCCAAGGAGAGAAAUGUUGCAAAUUCCACUGAAACAAACUCAUAUGGAGUGACAGAUGUUAAAGAUCAUACUGCAUACCUGAAUCAUACACUUCUGUAUGCCUACUACAGCUCUAAUUUGGACAGCCUCCUAGUGCAAUCUACUGCAGUAUCAUUUGGCCUUAAAGAAGAUGGCUUCUAUAAGAAAACAAAUUACACUUCUUGGACAUUCAUGAUGGGCUAUGGGAAACCCCCAAAUGAGAACUUCUCACUCCUCGUAAUUUUUGUCAUCAGCAUCGGUCUAGGCCUGCCUGCAUUGUUGAUUAUCAUCAGUGGCUUAGUCAUGGCUGUUCGAAGGAUCUCUCGGAAGAAUGAUGAUCUAUUCCUAAACAGAUAAUUGUUUAGCAUUAUAUUUAGUUGUAACAUCUUGCCAUUCUUUCUCCAGUGUGCUUCAGUAUACUCACUGUUAAACAUUCCAGGAUUCGUUUACAGUACCUCAGGCUGAGUUUCAUUUCAAUAUUUUAAGUAGCUAGCCAUAAACUAUGCAGCAGUAAUUGAUCCCAUGAUAGGAGGGAUAUAGAAAGAAACACAUGCCUUUUGAAGUGAAGUAAUUUGUGUACAAAUUGUAACAAACAUUUCUCUUCUUUAUAUAAUCAUGCAAAAUUUUCAUAAAGUGAAAUAGUACAGUGAGUAGAUAUUUUAAUCAUAGCACAAGCCACUACAUAUUUAUUUUAGUUUUUUUUUUAUGUUAAGUCCAUCUGAACGCACAGUUUAUAAUUGUAUUACAGUGAACACAUACUAGUCUUUACAUUUGUCUGAUAUUUAUAUAUGUGUCAAGUUUUGAGUGAUUAAAUUUUGCUCUUUCAAAAAUGUUCAUAGAGUGGUGGUUCUAAUUUUUCUUUUUCCACCAGAAAGUUACAUCUUCAUGCAGUAUGUGUGCUAUGUAGACAGAUAAUUACUGAGUUACAUUUUGUUUGUAUGUAUGGUGUUGUAUGAUUUUCAUAAAAAAAAGAAAUACAAACCAGGCUUGAAGUUGUAUGGGUUAGCUGAAUUAGGUGUUGCUCAGCAAAAGCACAUUCACCUGCACAUGGUAAAUUUUAGAUUGAUCUUGGUAAGUGCAGUAGUCUUGAGGGUGAUGAUUCACUUUCCUGCAGACUCCCCAAAUCACAGCAAGUGUUUACUAUUUACCAUAUUCAUAUGCCAUUUAAAAGGGUUGUGGAUUAAUGGCUUAGUAGGAAAUCAGCCCUGAUUUUGAUUGGAAUAAUAAACUUGUGGAACUGUAAGAAUGUAACUUCUGUUUUAACACAUAUAAGUGCAGGAGCAUGCGUUGAAUGUUGUAGUAAUUUUAGAGACCAGUAGAUAUGUAAUGUAAUCUGAUUUUGUGUCAGAAAUUUGCUUAUGGCCAUGUUUUUUAUGUGAUAAUACUAGUGGUAAAUUUAGUCAAGUUCUGUGGAAAUUGGCCAUGAAUUUAUGCUGUGUAAUUUAUUGCUAGUAAAUAGUUAUUAAUUGGAUUGAAGUUCCAAUAGUAUUGAUGUCUUCAUUAAUAAGGUAAACCUAAUUUGGACAGAUUUUGAGUUCUACAAGAUUAUGAUAACAGUCUUUUGGUUGCAGGAAUAUUUUUGUUGUGAAUUUUAUGAAGUGGAUUGUGAAGUUAUAGUUACAGGUAAAGUUCUCUCUUUGCUAAGAAUCUUUUUUGGUAAUGAACCCAGUGUAUUAUUAUAAGUGAAAUGAGCAUACCAGAUGAAUAUGUCAAUCCCCAAUUUACAUGGUUAAUUUAUUUCACAGCUGCCCAUGUUAGUCGAAACUGUUUAAGUACAGCAGUGCUUAAAUACAGCAUUUUUUACAUAUACAUUUCUUUCAAUGGAUAGUUGUAGCUAAAAGAUAUGUACAAUAAACAUCUACCAUAACAUACUGUAUUAUAAUGUAUUAUGAUACAUAAACCCUGAACAUGGAAGUUAAAGUACCUAAACUGCUUGAAUAGUAAUAAAAGAAAACCUGUGCUUGUGUGUCCAUGUAUCUGUGGAUUUGUGUAACUUGUAAGAUUUGAGGCUUUCACGGCACCAAAUCCCAGAAGACUGCUUUCUUCUUGUGUAACUUGACUGAACCCAUGUAAGUUGGAGCUUACUGUGAAUGAAAAAUAUAUAAAUAAUGCUGCAGAAGUUACUUACCAGUGUCUGAGCUGGUAAUUUCAUUAAGACUGAAUGAUGAUGUGUUAUAGAGUGUAACAUUACAAAUUGUUUUUCCUGUAAAUCUGCAAUCACUGCAAUUUCAGCAGCUCUGGAGACAAAAUAUGUUGAUGACAUGUGUCCAACAAAAGGAUCCUUGGAUGAAAAGUGAUAAGAAAGAGACAGUUCUAGAUUUCUGUUCCUGAUACUGUAUAAUACUCCUGCCAUAUAGCUGAACUAGAGCCAAAGAUUUGAAUUAAAAUUAAUCCUGUCAGAAAAUUGUGUCAUAAUAGUGUUGUCUCACCUUUAUUAUGUGACUUGUAAUGUUGUCCCUCUGGCUUCUUAUGUAGCAAAACUGAAGAAUAGUUAAACAUAUAAAUGCAAAACCUACUUCUUGCAUCAAGCUGUGUUUUUCCCGGGUCUGGUCAAGUGGGAUUUGUGGUGGACAAAGUGGCGCUUGGGCAGGCUUUCUCUGAGUACUUCAGUU